AUGGGCACUUGUAAGUGGACUAAAGAUGCCCUGUUCACCAUCCUGAGGGAUCUGCGACCUGGAGAUAACUUUAACUUUGUCAGCUUCUCCAAUAAGAUCAAAGUGUGGCAACCAAAUCAUCUUGUACCAGUGACACCUUUGAAUAUCAGAGAUGCCAAGAAGUUUAUUUUUACUCUGUUACCAAAUGGAGGCACCAACAUUGACGAAGCCAUCCAGAUUGGUUCUUCGUUGCUUCGUGACUACCUCUCAGGCCAUGACAGCAGCCCAAACAGCGUCUCUCUCAUAAUUUUUUUGACUGAUGGACGGCCUACCAUCGGAGAACUCCAGUCCACUUCCAUCUUGGGGAACACUCGAUCAGCCGUGCAAGAAAAGUUCUGUAUCUUCACCAUUGGAAUCGGUAACGAUGUGGACUACCGGCUGCUGGAGCGCAUGGCUCUGGAAAACUGUGGGAUGAUGAGACGCAUUAACGAAGAGGCUGACGCCAGCGCUAUGCUUAAAGGGUUCUAUGAUGAGAUAGGAACACCUCUUCUGUCUGACAUCAGAAUCAACUACACAGAGAACUCAGUCGAUUACGUCACUCAGAAUCUUUUCACCAACUACUUCAACGGCUCCGAGAUUGUCAUCUCUGGCAAGCUCACAAACCAAAGUGCAGAAUCACUCCAUGUUCAGGUUACUGCCAGCAACAAUGACAGGAACAUCAUCCUGGAGAUGGAUGUACCACUGCGGCAUCUGCAGAUAGAAACCGAGAAACACGUGAAGGCAGCUACUGCUGCAAUGGCAGCUGGAGUCAGGACCCUAGGGUCAGUGGUCAUACAGGAACUGUGGGACCCUCUUGGUUCAAUUGCAGAAAACUUUGUUGAACGCAUCUGGGCCUUCUUAAGUGUUAAGGAGGGUCUUCGUUCAAGGCUGCGCAGCCAAACUAGCAAGGAGAGAGAAGAUCACACCCAACAGGCUGCCAACCUGUCAGUGACGUAUCACUUCCUAACUCCACUCACCAACAUGGUGGUAGAGAAGCCAGAGGUUCUGGCUGAUGGCUCCAUGGCACCAGCACCCACCAUCACACCGGCAGUUGACGAGGCUGCAUCACCUAUCAAUGACCUGCCAGGCGACGCAGAUGAGGAAAAACCACAGAAACUCAAAGGGAAUCAGAAAAGUCAGAUUUCAUCUCUGAGCAACAUAAUAGAUAAGGUUGAGAGGAGACCAGCCAAGAAACCCAUCAUGAUCUCCAAAACAUCAGCGGAUGGUGACCCUCACUUUGUGGUGGAGUUUCCUCUCAGUAAGCUAACCGUGUGCUUUAACAUCAACGGUGAGCCUGGGCACGUUCUCCGCCUGGUUUCUGACCACAAGUACUCUGGUGUGACAGUUAACGGUAAGCUGAUAGGCGCCCCAGCUCCACCAGGCAGUCACAAGCAGCAGCGCACAUACUUCAGCACCAUCACCAUCGUGGUGGACCAUCCGAAACGCGCUUACAUUGAGGUGACGCCGAAGAAAGUCAUCCUGGAUGGACGGGACCGCUUCGUCCUGCCCUGCCAUUCCACCGUGACUGUGGACAGCGGCGUGCUGUCCGUGGCCAUCGUGGGAAAGUCGAACGUGACCGUGACCGUGGGAGGGAACAUCACCUUCAUCAUCCUGCUGCAUCAGUACAAAAACCCAGCUCCUUACCAGAAAGACCAUCUGGGGUUCUACAUCGGCAACAGCACAGGACUUUCACACAACUGUCACGGCUUGCUGGGUCAGUUCCUGUCGGAGGAAGUAGGACUGGCUGAGCUUCCUGCACAGGGCGACUCGAAGCCCUCUCAGGUCCUGAAGGUGAAGGACCGCUCGGUGCCAGUGGUCCGCAAAAGCAGGAGGAUCUACAGCGGUACGCAGAACGUGGACUGCUGGUUUGCACGAAACAACGCAGCCAAGCUGAUUGACGGACAGUACGAGGACUACGUAACGACUCACAUGUUUGACACGGGACACCACGGGACUAAUAAAGUGUGA